AUGAAGAUUGUUUCGACUCAGUGCCGUCGACAUGCAGAAGAGCUUGGCUGGUACUUGCGCCUGGCUGACAAAUUAUAUUCAUCAUGUGAUGGGCAGAACACGCUAUCUUCGACACUGAAGAAACAUUCUCCUAGUCGACGGGCUAUCAUUAACAAACAAGGUGGCAAGCCCACUCGAAGGAAUCGUCAUCUAGUGGACCCAGCAAAUUCGUCAGACAGCUCCAUAUAUGUCAACUCUGAAGCUUAUACCCUGUGGUCCAAACAAACCGUGGGCUUGUUUCAUCUAACUAGAAUUGACUCUUCGACAUUUUCUGGAUGGUCACAAUCUAACAUCGUAUUAACAGAUCGAGUGCUGUCUCUCCUAGAACUUCACAAACCUACACAUGUGGAAGCUCUCUUCCCAAAAAAGCUAAUCGUGUACCGGUCAAUAAAAAGCAGAUUUGCACAUCUAUCCAGUCAUUUUGCCAGCAGAGGCGGUAACAUUCGGAGCCUGUUGUGCUGGAUGCAUCGAGAAAACACUUAUACAAAGGAGACCGCCGCCAAACUUCAGAAUCAGAGCAGUACUGAGUACAGUUACUCACUGCUGCAAAACACUAGGACGGUCGGAGCUGUCGCGAAGCAGCCUUCUUCGAGUGUUUUACCCUUUGCGUGCAUAUGUUCAAAAGUAAAUUUCCGGAUGAGUCCAGCAUGCGCUGGUAGAGUAGUCGUAACAAACUUGCCUCGCAUGUCAGAUGUGCGGAUUUCAAACCCCUUCAUAGCCAUUGGAUAUGCACUGCUGAUGAGUUCUAAUACGAGCAGAACUCGAGUCCACCGCUUCUCCCCUUCGGUUAAGACGAUUGCGCGAGGACAGGUUACGAUUGUUUAA